AUGAUGGCUGGUGGCGGCGGAGCGGCCGUGGACCACAACGGGAUAUACUCCAACCCUAACCUCCACAGCCUGCAGCAGCAGCCCCUCAUGGAGGCUGACAACCCGGACUCCCGCAAACGACCGCUGGAAACUCCGGCGGAGGAGGCCGGCUGUACCAAGCGCACCAACACCGGAGCUGCUUUACGAGACUUGACUCUUUCCCACUCUCUCCUCUUCCCCCCCCCCCCCCCACACACACACACAGAGGAGGGCGAGUACUUCCUGAAGGUGCUGAUCCCCAGCUAUGCAGCCGGCUCUAUAAUCGGCAAGGGUGGACAGACCAUCGUACAACUGCAGAAAGAGACGGGUGCCACCAUUAAGCUGUCCAAAUCCAAAGACUUCUACCCAGGAACAACAGAACGCGUCUGUCUGAUACAGGGUACAGUCGAGGCCCUCAAUGGUGUCCACAACUUCAUCGCGGAGAAAGUUCGCGAGAUGCCCCAGAGCGCCCAAAAACCCGAGCCGGUCAGCAUACUGCAGCCACAGACAACCGUCAACCCAGACCGCGUCAAACAGGCCAAAUUGAUCGUGCCCAAUAGCACAGCUGGGCUGAUCAUUGGCAAGGGAGGAGCCACGGUCAAAGCGGUGAUGGAGCAGUCAGGGGCUUGGGUGCAGCUCUCUCAGAAGCCAGAGGGCAUCAACCUGCAGGAGCGGGUGGUGACCAUCAGUGGGGAGCCUGAACAGAACCGCAAGGCUGUGGAGAUCAUAGUGCAGAAGAUCCAGGAGGACCCUCAGAGCAGCAGCUGCCUCAACAUCAGCUAUUCUAACGUCUCAGGCCCAGUGGCCAACUCCAACCCCACCGGCUCCCCCUACGCCAAUACGGCCGAGGUGCUGCCCAAUGCAGCCGCAGCAGCCGCCGCCACCGCCUCCAGCCUUCUGGGCCAGGCCGGCUUGACAGGAAUGGGCGCCUUCCCCGCGACCAUGUCCAGCUUCUCUGGCAACGAUCUGCUGGCCAUCACCUCGGCCCUCAACACGCUGGCCAGCUACGGCUACAACACUAACACCCUAGGUCUGGGCCUCAACCCUGCAGCCGCUUCUGGGGUCCUCGCUGCAGUAGCAGCUAGUGCCAACCCGGCCGCUGCCGCCGCAGCCAACCUGCUGGCCUCCUACGCUAGUGAUGCCUCCGGCGGUGCUGGCCACCAUGCUGCGACCCUUGGGGGGUUCUCGCUUGGUUCUCUAGCAGCUGCUACAGGGGCUUCCAAUGGUUACCUAAAUGCUUCAUCCCCACUGAUGGCCUCCUCCCUAUUGGCAGCAGAGAAGCUUGGGGACGGGGCCAAGGACGUGGUUGAGAUCGCUGUGCCCGAGAAUCUGGUCGGUGCCAUUUUGGGGAAAGGAGGGAAAACGCUGGUGGAGUACCAGGAGCUAACGGGGGCCCGCAUCCAGAUCUCCAAAAAGGGAGAGUUCAUUCCUGGUACUCGGAACCGUAAAGUUACCAUAACAGGGUCGCCAGCCGCUACGCAAGCAGCGCAGUAUCUGAUCAGCCAACGGAUCACUUACGAGCAGGGCGUGCGUGCUACCAACCCACAAAAGGUGGGCUAA